ACCCGGAAGUGGAGUUGCCGAGUCACCGCAGUGGCUGAGCUGCUGACAGGAGGCGGCGGCGGAGGAGGAGGCGAGGCCAGACCUGCGGCUCUGCCCCGCCACAGCCGCGGUAGCGCUAGGCAAGCCCACGGAACCACGCCGGCCUCAGCCCGCCAGCAAACCUCCCGCCCGCACCCACCGGUCCAUCUGAUCCGCGGCCUGCCCGCCCGACUCGUCUGGGGCGGCCUAGUCUGCACCACCCACCCGGCUCCUGGGGCCGCCGCCCGGCGCGGUCCUGUUGGCUUUCCUGGCCGCGCCCGGCCCCGGGCCCACUCGCUUGCCGGCACCAUGAUGGAGGAGAUCGACCGGUUCCAGGUGCCCACCGCGCACUCGGAGAUGCAGCCGCUGGACCCAGCCGCCGCCUCCAUCUCAGACGGAGACUGUGACGCCCGGGAGGGUGAGUCAGUAGCCAUGAAUUACAAACCAUCCCCGCUCCAAGUGAAGCUGGAGAAGCAACGGGAACUGGCCCGGAAGGGUUCUCUGAAGAACGGCAGCAUGGGUAGCCCCGUCAACCAACAACCCAAGAAGAACAAUGUCAUGGCCCGGACAAGGUUGGUCGUUCCCAAUAAAGGCUAUUCCUCGCUUGACCAGAGCCCAGACGAGAAGCCACUGGUAGCUCUUGACACUGACAGUGAUGAUGAUUUUGACAUGUCCAGAUAUUCCUCCUCUGGCUACUCCUCUGCUGAGCAGAUCAACCAAGAUUUGAACAUCCAGCUGCUGAAGGACGGCUAUCGGUUAGACGAGAUCCCUGAUGAUGAGGACCUGGACCUCAUCCCCCCCAAGUCCGUGAACCCCACCUGCAUGUGCUGCCAGGCCACGUCCUCCACUGCCUGCCACAUUCAGUAGCGGGUGGGGCCGCUGCGGCAGCUGGAGCGGGGCCACUGUGGGCCAGGUUGGACAGGGCAGGGGCCGACCCCUCCCCAGCUCAUCUGCCUGCCCCUGGCCCCGCGCCCCCUACAGCCGCCAACCUCGUAACAGUCAUUGCUUCCUCCUAUGGUAGGACGUGUACCUCUGUGUGUUCACGGAGCCGGAGAAACCAAAACCGGGUCUCUCUCCACCUGGGGGCCUGAGAAGGAGUGGGGGCUGUUUGUUCAGUUACUUGGGGGACCUCACCCAGCACUCUGCCCCCGUCCCCAAAGCUGCAGUCUGGUGGGGAGUGGGGGACUAGAUGGCAAGGAGGCCAACAGUAAAUGAGUAGGGGGAGGGAUCACAAAGCCAGGGGUUUGGCCCCACCCCAGCAAAGCCAUGAACACCCCCAGCCUCAGCCUGAAAAGGAAAGGGGCUUGGAAGAAGAAAGGCCCAGGGCAGUGGGGGCAGGGCCCAGCACCUGGAGCCCCCUCCACGUGCACCAUGCCAACCCAUGUACCUAUUUGCAUUUCUCCCCUCAUCUCCAGAUGGGAAGCCUGGCAAGCUGGCCAGUGGGAUAUUGCCCUCUACCCAUCGGAUCACUGCCUUCUUCCUCCUCUUUGCCCCAUUCACACCCUUCCUUGCUCUCUGGGUUGAGGGUAAGGUGGGCCUUAGAGACAGGCCAGAGUUUGGGGUGGUAUGAUCUGUCCUCACCCACCCCUUACUAACACAUCUGUCAAGCCCCCUCCCCCCGCUCCCAACGCUUCUGUUCACUGGUCUCUGUCCCAGGUUGGAAGCAGGAGGUAAGGCUGGCCUUGAAUGCCCCAUUCCCAUCUCACUCCAGUCUCCCUCCAGCCCAAGAUUCUGGAUGCUGCUUCUCAGUAAGAAUCUUCAAGGAAGCAAGCUUAGGAGAAAACAGUGGCUUCGUGUUUAUGGUAGGGAGAGCUUGGCAGAAUGUGUGUGUGCCUGGGGAUGUCAUGGUGUGCGUCUGUGUCUCUGCAUUGAGGCUGUCUCUCUAGAUGUCUGUUUCUGUCAUAGAUGGUGGGGAUGUGACUGUGUGGUCUGUUAACAGUGUGACAGGCUGUUCAGCAGGGCGGUGAACUGAGAGCCCUGGCCUGGAAGUUCUAGCUCUGGCACUCUCCCUGUGGUCUCCAACAAGCCACUUACAUUCUCCGGGCUUCAGUCACCUCAACUGUAAACUGAGCAGCUUUUGCAGUGAUUUUUAAGGUCCUUUCAAAUUGAAGGAAUUUCCUCACUAGGAAUUUUUGUGGAGGUGUAUAGGAAGAUCUCUGUGUGUCUUUGAGUGCACUUAGGGGGCUUCUGAGUUGUAUGUCUGUGUGGAAAAGAGAGGGGGAAGUUCCUAUGGGACCUGUGAAUAUCUGAGUGCAUGCGGAUCUACUAGGGAAUACUUGUGUGUGUACGGAUGUAUAUGUGUGUGGGUAUCUACUGUGUGUGUAGCUGUAUGGGGUGUCUGAGUCAGAAUGUGUGUACUGCUGCUUCCGCUGCUGCUGGUGCAGGGAGGGUGGUGCCAGAAAAACUGAGGAUGAAAAACAAGAGGAAGGAGGUGACCAAGACCCUCCCCUGGCACUGGGCAAUAUAGACCUGACCCUAUGUGGAAAAAAACGAAAGCACAGGUGGCCUAAGACUGCGCAGGUCUAUGCCCCACAAACUCCAUACCCCAGGGCCAGGGUGUACACCGCCCCCAUUCCUCCACGCUGACACCCCACACGUGCUGGUGUGUCCACUCAUAUAUACCACUCACACGCUGCAGGCGCGUGAAGGACACCCACAGCCCACUCCCUGGAUGCCAUUCCUGAGAGGUGGGAGCUGGGAGGGGGAGAGGGUACUGAGAGAAGAGAGUAAGACUGCUAGCUUAGGGAAGGUAGCAGCUCUCCCUGCACCACAUCCAGGGGCUGCCAACACCCAAGUGUCGAGGUGCAGCUCUCUACCCUCUUUCCUCCAACCUACCCCUACCUCCUCUAGUGUAGGGGCCCUGGUUAGAUGAUGAGAAAAUGCCAAAGGGAGGCACGACAGAGAAGGCACCCGCAGGACCCACAAGGCCUGUACUGGCCCUCAUAUGAGCCCGUUUCUCCCACUGUGGUUAGAUCCCUACACCCUAUCACCUGGGCCCCAGAGCCAAGCCUACUACUACUGUCACCACCACCCUGGGCUCCUUGACUCGCCCUUUGAGAACAUGGGUAUCUCCUCUUUUCCAGACAGGGUCCCAUCAGGACUCAUGUAGACUGCUACCUUUGCUGCUGACUUGCUGUGUGUCUGGCCCACUGCUGAACCCCUCUGGCCCUGAGGAACCAGGGAAAAGUUCCCUCCCCACAGGACACGCCUAGUUACCUGGCAGGCAAGGGCUUCUGAGUGAGGCAGUGUACAAGUAGUGGAGAGAGGUGGGAAGCUGGCAGCUAGCACCUUCCCUGUCUGGGAGGUUGGAGGAGAGGCAUCGAGGCCUUAGCUUGCCCCUGUCACCCUUCCCCCUUGUAGAUACUGCCUUAACACUCCCUCUACCCUCAGCUCUGGCUGCCACCCAGCCAGGUUUCUCCGUGCUCACUAAUUUAUUUACAGGAAGGUGUGUGGAAGACAUGAGCCGUGUAUAAUAUAUUUUUUAACAUUUCCAUCGCAGUAUUGACCAUCAUCCUUGGUUGUGUAUCGUGUAACACAAAUAAUGAUAUUAAAAGCAUCAAACAAG